UUCUGACCGUUGAAAAGGAAAUGGCAGUAGAGUCGUUUUCACAUUUGAAUUCACAAUCUCAGGUUAGAAUGGGAGAAGGCUUUUUGUAUCUUUUGACUGCUUGGAAUGAUGACUCUUGCGCUGUUGUUUUUGUACUUUGGUCUCCAUUCCCGAAGAAGAUGAUGCAGAAGUAGCAGGAGAAGAAGAGAAACGUGAAAGGGAGACGAAGCUUUGAACAACAAUUCAUUGAGACCACUAAAACGUUUCCUCCUCGGCUUUCUAGGUGAUUGAAAUCAGAUAUCGUAUAUUGACAUGAGUGGUUGUUGCUUUGGUUCCUGGCUAGUAAAAGGAAGAAAGGCUCAUGCUCAUACUCAGGCUCAUGCUCAUGCUCAUCAAGAUGCAAAUGUGUCUUUGCGACGGGAUAUUAAACUCUUCUCUUACAAGGAAUUGAGAUCUGCAACAAAUAGUUUUCAUGCAAGCAGUAAGAUUGGUCGAGGAGGUUUUGGAACAGUUUACAAGGGAAUCCUUAAUGAUGGAACAGAAGUUGCUGUAAAGGCACUUUCUGCUGGAUCAAGACAGGGGGUGAACGAAUUUUUGUCUGAGAUUCAAACUAUCACAAAUGUUAAGCAUCCUAAUCUAGUUGAGUUGCUUGGCUGCUGUAUUCAAGAAAAUAAUCGGAUUUUGGUUUAUGAAUAUGUUGAAAAUAACAGCCUUGAUCACGCAUUAUUUGGGUCUAUGAGUAAAAUCAUUGAGCUGAACUGGAGCAGAAGAUCUGCCAUUUGCAUUGGUACUGCGAGAGGUCUGGCUUUCCUCCAUGAAGAGCUGGAGCCACAUAUUGUGCAUAGAGACAUCAAAUCUAGUAAUAUACUUCUUGGCAAGGACUUUGUCCCAAAAAUUGGUGACUUUGGGAUGGCUAAACUUUUCCCAGAUAAUAUUACUCAUAUUAGUACACGAAUAGCAGGAACAUUUGGUUAUUUGGCACCAGAGUAUGCAAGGCAUGGUCAGUUAACCAAGAAGGCUGAUGUAUAUAGCUUUGGGGUCCUUGUGCUUGAAAUAGUAAGUGGUAGAAGUAGUGGAAAGGCGAACUGGGGAAAAACGCAGAAGUUUCUUCUUGAAUGGACCUGGGAACUCUACGACAGAGGACAAUUAUUAGAGCUGGUUGAUCCAGAGGUGGGAGAAUACUCAGAGGAAGAAGUCCUUAGGUACAUCAAGGUAGCCCUUUUUUGCACCCAAGCAGCAGCUGGCAGAAGGCCUACAAUGACACAAGUUGUUGACAUGCUCUCUAGACCCAUCCGGCUCAACGAGAAGGAACUGACUCCCCCAGGUUUCUUUCAAGAAUCAGAAAGGCUCAAUGACAGCUUACCUUCUUCAUCAAAUAAAGCAUCAAUUAACUCUACCACCCAACUGCUCAGCUCUCCUGUCAUCAUCACCGAGGUGGAUCCUAGAUGAUUUGAGUUAUCACCUUGAGCCAGCGCAAAAGAUUUUUGGAGAAAAUAUUUUUUAAAUUAAUUUUUUUCUUGUGGA